AUGAGUGCAUCAUCGACUGACAAGUACAACCAAGGGUUAGGUGAUGAUGACCAUCCGUACCUCCAAUAUCUGGCUCUAAAAGGUCGCCCUAAAGUAACAGUUUAUGUUGCAUCCAACUCGCAAUUCUCUGGAUCGGAAGUUCAAAUUCUGGAGCUAGAUUAUUGCUCCAAGUAUUCAAAUAUCGAUUUGUCUUCAAUAUUUUCUUGGUUCCCUCGUUUGGUAGAUGUAAGUUUGAAAGAGUGUCAUAUUAAUGAUGAAGGCUUAGAGGCCCUGGCAAAAUGUUGUGCAUCCUUAGAGACGGUUAAUCUCUCAUGGUGCCACUCGAUUACUGAUUCAGGAAUAAGUUCUCUCUUAAGGAACUGCCGCGAACUGGAUACACUUGAUAUAAAUUUCUGCAGCAAUAUAACAGGUAUUGGCUUUCUAGGGUGUCCACUGACCUUAACCUGUCUUCAAGCAUAUGGGAUCAAACUUACACUAGAGGGGAUUAAAGCAAUUGUUAGUGGUGGUGGGCUUGAAUAUCUAAAACUCUCAACACGCAAUGAAUUGUCCAAGGUUGGAGAAGGAUCUAUGACUAUGAAUACCGAAGCAGUUUUGAUGAUUUUAAAAGGUUGCCCUUCAUUACGGGAACUGUACCUAUCAGAUUUCGUGGAGAUAAUAAAGCCAGAAGGAUGGGAAGCUAUCCGUCGGAACUGCAAAAGUUUGGAAGUCCUUCACCUGGGGUGA